AGAGCUACCAUGUGCACGGGGAAGUGUUCGAAGUGCAUUGGGAUCACCCUGUUCCCACUGGCAGCAUGUGCCAUAGUCUCCAACAUCCUCCUGUACUUCCCUAACGGACAAGUUCUGCAGCCCAGUGAGAUAACUGAUUUGGUCUGGUUUUUCCAUGGCAUUCUGGGAGCUGGAAUCCUGGUUAUUUUGCCAGCAUUCAUGAUGUUGGGAGCAGGCGGAGCAGGAUGUUGCGCUAACAGAUGUGGGAUGUUGCUGUCAGUGAUCUUGGCUGUGCUGGGAUUCGCAGGAGGAGCAUAUUGUGCAGUGAUAUCCUCGCUGGGUCUGAUUGGGGGCCCUCUGUGUGACACGGGUGACGGAGAAUACCUCUACCCUUUCAGGAACGACACUCUGGAAGACAAUUACUUGUUCAACCAGACAGCAUGGAGCAUUUGCAAAGAACCAGAAAACAUUAUCCUUUGGAAUACCGUCCUUUUCUCUAUUCUUCUGGCCGUUGGUGUGAUCGAAGCUAUUCUUUGUUUUAUUCAAGUCAUCAGUGGACUCACUGGCUUCAUAUGUGGCACAUAUAUGAGGAAAAGAAAGACAAAUAUUUCUGGAAUGUGA